AUGUCAAAUAAAAGAAGACGCUGUUUCACUAUUGCUGAAAAAGUGAAAAUAAUUGAACGUUUAGAAUGUGGUGUUUCUAAUAAAGAUCUUUGCCAAGAGCUAGGAAUUAGUCAAUCAACACUAUCUACCAUAUGGAAAUCAAAAGACCAAAUAAAAAGCGUUUUUCAAAAAGACGUGACAUCUAUUAAAAGGUUAAAAUGUAGCCAACAUCAAGACGUCGAACUGGCUCUCUUGGAAUGGUUCAAAAUACAACGAUCUAAAAAUAUUCCAAUAAGUGGUCCGAUACUUCAAGAAAAAGCGACCGAAUUCGGGAAGCGUUUUAAUAAAAUCGAUUUUCAAUGUUCUUCUUCUUGGAUUACCCGUUUUCGUCAAAGACACAAUAUCGUUUUUGGAAAAAUAAGUGGAGAAUCGUCAAGCGUUCCUGUUGGUGUUUCGGAAAAUUUUCUGGAACACGUUUGGCCUAAUUUGCGUUAA